AGCCCCUUUCUCGUCCCCUCCGUCCCUGCUGGAUAUUCUCCACAGCAGCAACAACAACAACAGCAACAGCAGCAACAAGUUCAAGGACCACAUGUUCGAGACUAUCACGCGCUCGACAAAUCGCAAUCACCCCUAAAGAAUAAAAAGAACUCCUCCGUCAACCACUCCGACUCGGACGCCGAAGAAGGUGACAGUGCGCACUCGACCGAUUCCUCCUCGGCCUCGUCGUCCUCUUCUCUCCUUAACGACGAAGGCAACGACGACGAUCUUGCAACGCAAGACCUCGGUACCACUGCUCACCGACACCACUCGCACCGUCAUCGGAAUCGUCGCGUGCAAAUGUUACUCGCCGUUGCUGCUCAACUAGGCCUUCUGGUGUUUUUUGGAACGUUGGCUGGCGCCACUGCCAAGGCGCCUUGGGUCUAUCCGUAUUCCUGGCACCCCAUCUGCAUGGGCCUCUAUGGCUUUGUUGCUACUGAAGCCAUCCUGAUUCUCCAGCCGCUCGAGAAAGCAAGCCAAAAAAGGACCGCCAGAACUCUACAUGGUCUCCUCCACACUUUCGCCUUUGUCUUCUCGCUCGCUGGGUUUGUGGCGAUUUAUGCCAACAAGGACCGACUGGGGAAGAAACAUUUUGUCUCGAACCAUGCCCUCUUUGGGUGCGCAGCCAUGUUGAUCUUUUUUCUGCAGGUUGUUUUCGGGAUCGCGGUAGCCUAUGGACCCCGGAGAAUCUUUCAGUGGAUAGGCCAUGCGAGGAUCAUUCGCAUCCAUCGAGUUGCGGGCUACAUCUCGAUCGCAGUGUUGUGGUCAGCCCUCUGGCUGUCGGUGCUGACGAACUGGAUGAAGAGAAACUUUAACCAUGAGUGGAUCUUUGCGCUUGGUUUAGGCAUGAUUGCGGUAGGGCUCGUGGGCCAGGUCACUCCAUCGCGACUCUUUGCGGUCCGCAAACGAGUGUCCAUUCAUCCUCCUCGAUCCUAACAUGCUUCGCGCAACUACAACAUGGCAUGUGCAUAUUAAUAGCAAGAGCCGCAGAAGCAUCCAUACCAAUAGCAUUGAACUUGCAUUAUCUUUACAAUACAUAUACGCAUACAUCUAUCACGCU